AUGUUUGAUACGCAUGGAUGGAAGACCCCUCUCGCGAGUUCCCAAGGGAAAGGGGAACUCCCACAAGGACUGAAAUUCAAAAAAGAAACGGUCAGGCGGACGAGGGACGGCGGUAGGGGGCGCUCGCGAGGCGGCCGUUUGGCUCGCGCGCGAGAGAGAGCGCGAGAGCGGGCCCAAGAUGGCGGCGCAAGAGGGGUCCCUUGGCUGCCCCAACAGGCCCGAAGACCCUUCCGUGGCUCCCUAGGGCAGAGUCAACCAACGUGCAAGACGAAGAUGGCUUCUGCUCUGGAGCCGGCAGCUGCGGGCACAUCGGGCAGCAGUGGCACCUCUCAGGAAACAUUGGUGAAACCGAAACCAUUGUUGCUGAAACUUUUAAAGUUUGCUGGUGCACAGAAGGAUACUUUUACUAUGAAGGAAAUACUCCUGUAUAUUGGACAAUAUAUUAUGUCUAAGCAUCUGUAUGAUGAAAAACAGCAGCAUAUUGUCCACUGUGCGAAUGAUCUCUUGGGAGAACUCUUUGGGGUGCAAAGUUUUUCUAUAAAAGAACAGAGGCAAUUAUAUAUGAUGAUUUCCAAAAACCUGGUAACUGUCAGUCGGCAAGAUAAUGUUAACACAACUGUGAAUCAGUCCAGGUGCCAACUAGAAAAUGGAAGUGCUCUAAAGGAAUUUGUGCAAGAAUCAAAUGAUGCAACUACUUCUAGGAGGAGGGCAUACAGUGAGACAGAAGAACAUGGUUCAGAAGAUAUGAAUGAUGAAAGACAGAGCAAACGACAUAAAUCAGACAGCAUUUCUCUUACAUUUGAUGAAAGCCUUUCAUGGUGUGUUGUAAGCGGAUUAUAUUGUGAUCAAAAUAACAGUAGCAGCUCUGCAGGAUCUCCAGCAAGUCCAGAUCACAAUGCCAGUUUAAGUGAUUGGCUAGAUGAUGAUUCUGUUUCAGAUCAAUUCAGUGUUGAGUUUGAAGUUGAAUCUAUCUGUUCAGAAGAAUACAGCCCUAAUGAAGAAGGCGUUGAACUUACAGAUGAGGAUGAUGAGAUAUAUCAAGUAACUAUAUAUCAGACUGAAGACAGUGAUAUGGAUUCGUUUGAUGAAGAUCCUGAAAUUUCACUGGGUGAUUACUGGAAGUGCUCUCACUGCAAUGAGAUGAACCCACCCCUGCCGCCCUAUUGUCCUAGAUGCUGGACCCUUCGUGAGGGUUGGCUUCCAGAGAAGUCUGAGAAGUCUCAAAUGAGCAAACAUGAAAACUCCACAUCACUAGGCCCUGAAAAGGCCUCAGAGCUCGAUCAAGAGGAUGGCUUUGAUGUUCCGGAUUGUAAGAAAGGGAAAAUAAACGACGAUAAUAAGGAAACUGGGGAUACCGAACAAAGCUCAGAGUCUCAGGAAAGCGAGGCAUAUUCGCAGCCAUCAACAUCUAGCAGUAUACUGUGGAGCAGUCAGGAAGACUCUAAGGAACCUGAGAAGGAAGACCCUGGAGACAAAAGCCCAGAACCCAGUUUACCUUUAUCCAGUGUGGAACCAUGUGUGAUAUGCCAAACACGCCCCAAAAAUGGCUGCAUAGUACAUGGAAGGACAGGACAUCUUAUGUCAUGUUUCACCUGUGCCAAAAAACUGAAGAAGCGGAACAAGCCAUGUCCGGUCUGCCGGCAGCCAAUAGAAAUGGUUGUGUUAACUUAUUUUUGCUAACUAGUUAAAGAAUCUCUAAUACAAAAUAUUUUUGAAAGAUUAUAAAAGUGUUUUUUUUAUUUUUCAAGAGUCUUAAUGCAACAUUUGUACAGGAAUUUAUCAUUUCCAGGCAUGGGCAAACUUUGGCCCUCCGGGUGUUUUGGACUUCCAACUCCUACAAUUCCCACAAAUCCCAAUAGGCUAUUAGGAAUUGUGGGAGUUGAAGUCCAAAACGCCCGGAGGGUCAAAGUUUGCCCAUGCCUGAUUUAGGCAAUACUUCUUUCAAAGUACAUUUUGGGUGGAUAUGUGCCAGCAGUCCCAACAUCUACUUCUGAGAGGGUGGGAGUCAUUGCUUAAGGGAAGUAGGGAAUUCCAAUAAUAAAUAUAUUUCAUGCUAUCCCUAAUGGUAUGUCAUAACAUGUUUAAAGCAAUUUAAACUUGGUUCUUUUGGUAAUAUUACCUUUUUAACACUUCCCACUCCUUAGCGCAAUAGAGUAAAAUUGCCAUUCAGGCCUUGUCUACAUACAAAUUCUAUAUUUGAAAAAUCGGGAUUAGAGCUAUGUGACUUUUAGUUAUCUUUUUACACAAUGCCUAUAAUAUCAGUACUCUUUUAAUGGUGAUUAAGAGAUCAGAAAUAAUGCCAUGUGGUCGUCUUCUUCCCCUCUCUGGAAUUAAUUUUCCUAAUUUCAUUUUAGCUGUAACUGGAUAAACACAGAGUAGAGUAUUAAAAAGUUUCAGAAGUUGAUGUAGAGACUUAAGUGGUAUCUUACAAGUUUUAAAUCUGUGCUAAUUGUUCAAGAAUACAUUUCUUUGUCACCCAUCACAUUUGGGGGAUACUAGUCUAUAUGAUCUAUGAUGCUAAGGCAGGAACCACUCUGGUCACCAGGAGAACAAGGGCAGGCAUGCCAAGCCCCUUGGUUUAUAUUUGAAGAUGCACCAUAGCUGCAUUUUUAUGGUGAUCUAGAGGGACUGCAAUUGAAAUAGAUUUGAUUCAUAUUUAUCAACUUUGAUGAUAAAGCUUCGUUUUCUUUUUAACAUGCACUGUUAAGUGGGAUCUAGCACUCUAUUCUUGUUAGGAUAAAAACCACCACCACAAUGUGCUGCAUGAUUUUAUUUAACAUGACCAGAAUGAGAAAAAUAUAUAUAAAUACUGGCAUAUGCACACAUGCAAAAUUGUACAUUUGAUUUGUAAAUAAUUUUGCCAAGUACAUGAUCAUGUUCUCAAUAAAUGUCUAUAUUAAUGUUU